AAAAAAUGCAAACACAAAUUAACCCCUUUUUCUAAAUUCUUCACUCAGUGCUGCAACAGGAGUCACCACAUAUCCAUUUAUUUCAUCACUUCACAAACCUAAUUCAUGAAAACUGAUAAGAAACCAUGAAAUUCUUAGAGAAGAAGAAGAAGUGGAUAUUCAUCUUCCUUCUGAUCUUGAUCACUUCACUAUUCACUAUAUUCCUCUUCAUCUCCUACAUCACCACACUCUCUUCAAUCCUAGCAAUUUUCCAACAGCCUCCAACCAUGAAUGCAACCCCUCCUCCUCCCCCUCCAAUCCCUAGAUUCGCCUACCUGAUCUCGGGAUCCAAGGGCGAUCUCCCCAAGCUAUGGAGGACUCUCCAUGCCCUAUACCACCCGCUGAACUACUACGUUGUGCAUCUGGAUCUUGACUCGUCUGCACAGGAGAGACGGGAACUUGCUUGGCGUGUGCGCUCGCAUCCUGUGUUUGCAGAGGUUGGGAAUGUGUAUAUGCAUGACAAGGCCAAUUUGGUUACCUAUAGAGGGCCUACCAUGGUGGCUAAUACAUUGCAUGCAUGUGCUAUUCUUCUCAAGAGAUACAAAGAUUGGGACUGGUUUAUAAAUCUUAGUGCCUCUGAUUAUCCUUUGGUCACUCAAGAUGAUCUCCUGCACGUUUUCUCCACUUUGAAAAGAGAUCUUAACUUCGUUCACCAUACGAGCAAUCUUGGAUGGAAAAAAGCCAGAAGAGCAACGCCUUUAAUUAUAGAUCCAGGGCUCUAUGAGAAAGACAAGUCGGACUUAAUACAGGUCAAUUCUAGGAGAAAGUUACCAACGUCGUUCAAAUUAUUCGACGGUUCGGCUUGGAUGAUCUUGUCACGUGACUUCGUGGAGUACUGCGUAUGGGGUUGGGACAACCUCCCAAGAACCCUUCUCAUGUAUUACACCAACUUCAUUUCUUCACCCGAAGGCUAUUUCCAGACAGUUAUAUGCAACACUCCACAGUUCGCGCAGACGGUCGUAAACAACGACAUGCACUUCAUUCCCUGGGAUAAUCCGCCCCGACAACAUCCUCGUACGGUCUCCCUCAACGACACAACAAUGAUGAUCCGAGGCGGCGCCGCCUUUGCCCGGAAGUUCAGUCAAGACUCCCCUGUGCUGGACAAGAUCGACGCGGAGUUGCUUGGAGCAAACAAUGAGAGCUUCGUGCCCGGUGGUUGGUGUGCCGGCCAACCUCUUUGCUCCCGGGUCGGGAAUCCAACCACGCUCCGACCGGGUGCGGGGGCGGGCCGAUUGCAGACCCGUGUCGACCACCUUAUGUCGCUGGGCAAACGCCAACAGUGCACCUGAAUGUUUUGAUCAUCAAAUGGAAACAUAGGCUUAUAUAUUGUUAGUUAGAAGUGUCGUCGGUAAGGAAAAAUAUAUCCUAUUUUAAUUUAACGUCUAGAAUUACAUCAUAUAAUAUCAAACUAAGCUGUGCAGUAUCAACAAAGCUCAAUGUUCUAUAAACAUUGAUAGUAAAGUAUGAUUGCUUGUGAAAAUUAUCAAAUUAGGGACGGCGAUUAAGGAAAAA